AUAAUUUGUCAAAAAAAAAAAACAACUCAGUGCGUUAUUGACCUUAACAGACUCGUUUGUAUCCUCGUCGGUGGCGGAUAUGACGGUAAAGUUUGGGAAAGAUAUAUACAUUACAUUUAUAUUCCGUCAAAAUAAAAAUACAACUAAUUCGGCCUUUUGACUCAGUUAUGCUUCUCCUGUCUGCUGACACUCACAUAUGGACCCUCCGUCUUUGUUCCUUUUGUUCGUAUAAUUGGUAACGUGGGAAGUUUGUUUCUUUUGUAUAAGGUUUAUCAGUGAUUGAUCUGCAGUAGCCUCAGACAGCAGUCAUGGUGUUGAUCUUGGGACGACGUGCGAACCGCGAGGAUCCGGCAGUUGUACGCGACUUGCCUGCUGUCAAGCGCAAAGUCUUCGAGAUGGACUCUAAGAACGUAGACGACAGCUUGGACUUCUCUUCAGGCUCGUCACAUGCCGAGAGUGUGCUGCACGUCUUUGACGAGUUCCGCACAAAUCGGCUGUUCACGGAUGUUGUGAUCGGAGUGCAGGGACGAGAGUUCCCGUGCCACCGUGCCAUGCUUUCUGCCUGCAGCGUCUACUUCAAGGCUAUGUUCUGCAACGACCACCGUGAGAGCCGGCAGACCCUGGUGGAGAUCAGUGGCGUCCAGGCUGAUGCCAUGGAAGUCUUGUUGCAGUAUGUCUACACGGGCCGUGCCACAAUUACCACGCAAAAUGUCCAGUAUCUUUUCGAGACAUCCAGUCUCUUCCAGAUUGGAGCCCUGAGGGACGCCUGCGCCAAGUUCCUCGAGGACCAGCUGGAUCCCUGCAACUGCCUCGGUAUGCAGCGCUUCGCCGAGGUGCAUUCGCUCAAGCAACUGGCCGGACGCUGCCGAGCCUACGCGCUGCAAUACUUUCCAGAGGUGGCACAGCAUGAGGAGUUCCUGGACUUGCGCAAGGAAGAGCUGGAGGAGUACAUAGCGAGCGAGGAACUGUGCGUGAGCAGGGAAGAGGUGGUGUUUGAAGCCGUCAUGAGGUGGGUCUACCACAGCGUGGAGUAUCGUCGGCCGAUGCUGAAGGAGCUUCUCCAGCACGUCCGGUUGCCACUUCUGCACCCCAACUAUUUUGUACAGACUGUGGAGGGAGAUCAGCUGAUCCAGAACGCUCCUGAGUGUUACCAACUGCUACACGAGGCCCGGCGCUACCACGUCCUCGGCAAUGAGAUGAUGUCACCUCGGACCCGGCCACGCAGGUCCACAGGGUUUUCGGAGGUCAUUGUGGUGGUUGGAGGCUGUGAGAGGGCAGGAGGCUUUAACCUGCCCUACACAGAUUGUUAUGAUCCUGUUACCGGUGAGUGGAAGUCGCUGGCCAAGCACCCAGAGUUCACCAAGUCGGAGUAUGGAGUGUGUGCCUUGCGCAACGACAUCCUCGUCUCAGGUGGACGCAUCAACAGCAGUUAUGUGUGGAUGUACAACUCUCAGCUGAAUCUGUGGAUCAGGGUAGCAUCGCUCAACAAGGGCCGCUGGAGACACAAGAUGUCCGUGUUGCUUGGAAAGGCAUACGCAGUCGGAGGAUAUGAUGGUCAGAGUUGCCUCAGUAACGUGGAAGUGUACGACUCUUUCUCUAACCGCUGGACGGAGGUGGCUCCUCUAAAGGAGGCUGUGAGCUCUCCAGCUGUGGCCAGCUGUGCUGGGAGACUUUUUGUCAUCGGUGGAGAACUAGACGAAAACAGCUGCACAGAUAAGGUGCAGUGCUACGACCCGGAGACGAACAGCUGGCUGCUGCGUGCCAACGUUCCCGUGUGUAAGCGCAACAUCACGGCCGUGGCUCUGAACAGCCUGGUGUACGUGUGCGGCGGCCUCACCAAGUGCAUUUACUGCUAUGACCCAGCACAGGACUUCUGGAUGCCUGUGGUCAACAUCUUCAGCAGACAGGAGUGCUGCGGCAUGUCAGUGUGCAAUGGAAAGAUCUUUAUCCUGGGUGGGCGAGGAGAGAACGGUACCGCUUCUGACAGCAUCAUGUGCUACGACCCUGCCUCUGGCAUACUGACUGGUGUCGCUGCCAUGCCCCGCCCCAUUUCCUGUCACGGCUGCAUCACUAUACACCGUUUCGAUGAGAAGCUCCACCGGACCUGAGACCGACAUUCCAUAUACACAUACACACAUGGACACACACACACACACAAAAUAAAAACACAGCAGGAUCUGUUUAAACAUUCAGAACAACAAUGUGGACUGUACUGUUGUUGAAGAGAUGCUCUUGAUUUGAAUGAUUUGUUCAGCUUUUCUUCAAGGUGAUCAAAAAAUCUUUAUCAAAAAGAGCAGAUCUUCUAUUUCUUUACUGUUCUGAUUUACAGUUUCUCUCUGAGAUGUCUUUUUUUACUGCAUUUUUACUUUGUAUGUUAUUUUUAUCAUAUUGUUUUCUCAAAUUCAUUCAUGUGGUCUCUCCUUUCUGCCCCUCGCGCCCCGCCCCCCGUCUCUCUCUCUCUCUCUCUCUCUCUCUCUCUCUCUCUCUCUCUCUCUCUCUCUCUCUCUCUCUCUGCCCCUCUCUUUCUGCCACCCUGUAAUGUGUAAAUCACACUUCUUCUGAGAUCAUUACAUGCAUAAUUAUAGCAUCAUGCAUAACAUUUCAACAACAAGUUUAUAGUAUUGUGAGCUUCACACAGAACUGUACACAGAACAUGAGCAGCAUCAGGCAGAUAUGAGCUGCUUGCUCAUUUGUUCUUUUGUUGUUCAUCUUUUACAUUUGUUCUUCUGACUUGCUAUUUAACUUUGUUAUUACUCUUUAUCAAACCUUUUUCAUUUUUUGAAAUUCAUUCAUAAUUGUUUUUUAUUAUUAUUAUUGAACUGUUCAUUUUUAUUUGUACUUAAAUUUUUUGCAGUAUAUAAAGUGAUAUACCAUGUAUCCUGUAAAUGAAUUUGCUUGACCAGUGUCAAAAUUUGUGAAGUCGAAAACCUUCUAAAUUGAUACUUGAUGUGUGUUUACACAUUUUCAUUGUGAUAAUAUUGAUUUUAAAGCUUAAGUAGGUUAAGUAGUUUAUGACAAACGCACAGGACACAGUCCUUUGUAGAAUCUGUAUAAACAGAGAGAAAGAGCGUUCUGAUUCAGGUGGGAUAUUUGCUGUGAACCCUUUCCUUUUUGUACUUUUUAUUUAAGUGUGUCUUAGUGACUAUAACCAUUGUGCCUUUUUGUGUGUGUGCGCAGGCGUGUGUGUGUGUGUGUGUGUGUGUGUGUGUUUUUAAGAAAACCCCAAUAAUGCACUUAAUGUCAUGUUAAUGUGUGUCAUGGUUAGUGCUGAUAUCUUAAUGUAAAUACUUUGUUUUCUAUGUGCAUUUUUUAUUAUAUAUUAUUAGCAUGUUUCAUACCAUUCCUUUUACUGUAAGCCACUUUCCUUGCAUGUGCCAGAUUAAUUUUCAAGAACUGUUUAUUUUUUUAUUUUUAUUUUUUAAGAAACUGCACCUUUUCGAAUUAAUUUUACUUUUAACUCUAUAACACAAAUUCAUACUAUGCAAAUUUGUGAAAUCAACAUGUUUUUUUAAUAUCACAAUUGUGAUACAUUGGCCUUGCUGAUUGAAAGUCAAGCGGCUUUAACGCUCUUCCAAAUUGCUGCAGUUUUACAGAAAUAAGAGAGCAAAUUAUUCGGUGGAUGUCAACUUCUUUUAUGAUUAUUGAUUCCUUGCCUUGCAGUGAGGUAUGCGUUUCUGCAUUUUCUCGGAGAACUGCAAUAAAUGUUUAGAAUCACA